AAAACACACAAUGGCUCAAAAUGGUGCAACCUCUCCUGGAAGCUCCUUGCAUGGCGUCACUGGCAAAGAACAAACAUUCGCCUUCUCUGUUACAUCAGACCCACAAAUCCCCACAGACACAACUGCGAAAUUCGCCUUACCAGUUGAUUCUGAACACAAAUCCAAAGUCUUCAAAAUCUUCUCUUUCGCAAAACCCCACAUGGCAACUUUCCACCUAUCUUGGACUUCAUUCUUCACUUGUUUCAUCUCCACUUUUGCUGCCGCACCUUUAGUCCCCAUCAUCCGCGAUAACCUUAACCUUAAAAAAUCCGACAUAGGAAAUGCUGGAAUCGCUUCUGUUUCCGGUAGCAUUUUUUCUAGGCUUGUUAUGGGUGCGGUUUGUGACUUGUUAGGCCCGCGUUACGGGUGCGCUUUUCUAAUGAUGCUAACCGCUCCAACGGUAUUUUGCAUGUCGUUUGUAUCGUCAGCAAACGGAUACAUUGCCGUUAGGUUUAUGAUUGGAUUUUCUCUUGCAACGUUUGUUUCGUGUCAAUAUUGGAUGAGUACGAUGUUUAACAGUAACAUUAUUGGACUUGUUAAUGGUACGGCAGCAGGGUGGGGAAAUAUGGGUGGUGGGGUCACUCAAUUGCUUAUGCCGUUACUUUAUGAACUGAUCCGCCAGGCCGGGGCGACCCCGUUCACGGCCUGGCGGAUCGCCUUUUUCGUGCCAGGAUGGUUGCAAGUGAUCAUGGGUUUAUUGGUUUUGGGGCUAGGUCAAGAUUUGCCGGAUGGAAAUCUUGGUACCUUACAAAAGAAAGGAGACGUCCCAAAAGAUAAAUUCUCAAAGGUUCUUUGGUAUGCUGUGACCAACUAUAGAACAUGGAUUUUUGUUCUUCUAUAUGGCAUGUCACUAGGUGUGGAAUUAACCACUGAUAAUGUCAUUGCGGAAUACUUUUUCGACAGGUUUAACCUUAAACUUCGCACGGCCGGCACAAUUGCUGCAACAUUUGGCAUGGCUAACAUAUUGGCUCGACCAUUGGGAGGUCUAACUUCAGACAUUGCAGCUAAAAGAUUCGGCAUGAGAGGUCGUCUUUGGAAUCUAUGGAUCCUCCAAACAUUUGGAGGAAUCUUUUGUAUUAUCCUAGGAAAAUCCAAUAAACUCCCUAUAUCAAUUUUAUCAAUGAUACUUUUCUCAAUUGGUGCACAAGCAGCCGCUGGUGCAACAUUUGGUAUUAUCCCUUUUAUUUCAAGGCGUUCACUUGGCAUUAUAUCGGGACUAACCGGUGCUGGUGGAAAUUUUGGUUCGGGUUUAACUCAACUUCUUUUUUUCACCAACGCGAAUUUUUCAACUGCUACUGGAUUGUCGUUUAUGGGGAUGAUGAUAGUGGUGUGCACACUUCCCGUUACGUUGGUGCAUUUUCCACAAUGGGGAAGUAUGUUUUUACCUCCUAGUAAAAAUGAUGUUAAAUUUAAUGAAGAGUAUUAUUACGGGUUGGAGUGGAAUGAAGAGGAGAAACUCAAGGGGUUGCAUGAGGGAAGUUUGAAGUUUGCGGUGAACAGCCGGUCCGAAAGAGGCCGACGGGUGGUUUCCUUAGCAACUCCACCGGAUGCUACACCACCUUCUGUGUGA